GCUGUUCCAAGUGGAGCAUCUCCCACCUGUGCAGCCAAACUCCCCGCAUGCCUUUCGGGUGUUGCUUCUGGAGAUGCGUGACCAAGCAUUCCUAGCAUUUGAUCGACUGCAUGACUCAUUGUAUAGAAGCCCUUCAUAAGCUCUUGUGACCAGGAAAGAAGCAGGAGGGUUGGCCAGUAUCAUCUACUGCCAAUCUGCAACUUUCCAGACGGAUGCCUUGUCAAUAUUUAUUGGCUCAAGGGCUUGCUGUGAAGCCUGAUCUUUUUCAGGCCAAGCAGUGAAUCUUGGCCGGCCAGCCGGCCAUGGACACGGAAAUAGACAAGGAGAUGAACAAGGAUAUUGAGGAGCUUCUGCAGCACACUUUGGAGCACAUUAUUGAAUUGGGAACUCAAAAAGAGACGCGACGGAGGAUGAAGCAGCGCCUCCACCGGAGGCUUGACCUAUUGGUGAAAGGUGACAGAGAACUUUACAAUAAAGCCCUAGCUCGAUUCCACUACAUGCUGGAGGACGCAAAGAAGGCGGCAGGCCGCCAGAAUGCAUCCCGCAAGCCGAGGGACGAGCGGAUGAUCCACAGGAUGCACUCAGUGCCGGCGAGUCGGAGUCAUCAGCAAUAUGCAUAUGAUUCCCAAACUUGGGGGGUCUAUUGCCCUCCUGCACCAGUGUAUCAUCAAGGAAGCAUGUCAUCACCUCCUUUGAUGUGGGGACCUUCGAUAUGGGAACCCAGUAUGCAGGCUCUCUCGAGGCCCGCCCUGGACCACACGUUUUACGAGAAGGACCUAACACGUUUCGAUGGAUGGAGCGGCGCUCCUACGUGGCAAACCGAAUCAUUCGCUGAAGGCCCUGUGCAGAUGAGUGUGUGCGAAGCAGCAUUACAGGCUGCAAAGGAACCUGAACCAGGGAAGCGAGACUUUCUUCCAGAUCAAAUACCAGUGGAUGAAGACGUUCAAAUUAAGUGGAAGAGUGCAGCUGAUUGGCUGGACGCAGGACUUGCAAUGAGAGGAUUUCAAUGAGCGGCGUUGGCUGAAGGCCACGUUGCCACGUGGCCCACGACAAAAAAAAGGGUCUUUGUUGCUGCAC